UGUGUUUACCCGCGGUGCAUGGUGGGGCCGUCUCCUUAGGCAACUCUGGCCCACCGGCUUCCCCUAGACUGUGGGGCGGGCAUGGUGGGCCGAAGCGGAAACAUGCAACCAUUUUCCGCGUCCCAGUCGAACGUCGACUACUACCAGAGGGUGGGCCAGCUCCGACACCGGCUGCGGGUCAGUGAACAGAAGAGAUUAGAACUGCAAAAGAAACUUAAUGAAUAUAAUCAGUCUGAUUUAUGCAGGGUUAAUAUGAAGUAUGUAAAACUAAAGAAAUACCUCAAGGAAAUAUGUGAAUCUGAAAAGAAGGCUCAUAUUCGAAACCAAGAAUAUUUAAAGCAAUUUGAACGUUUCCAAGCUCAUGUUGGACGCUUUGCUACAAAUACUGAGAAGCUUCAAAAACUUAAGAUUGAAUAUGAAACACGAAUUAAGAAUAUGCAGUUUCUCUCAAAAGAUAGCCUGGAAACAAAAGAUGAACUAAAAGAUGAAGAUAGAGAAAAGGAGGCAAGGCAGACAGGAAUCAACUUGGGAACAUCCAUGUCAAGAGGGUUGUAUCAACCAGCAACAGUCUUUAUGGGGCGCCAGAUGUCAGCCAUUUCAAACAUUGGAGAUUUCAGUACAGAGCCGAAAUCUCCCCAACCCACAAAGAACUUUUCAAUUCCUGACCCAUAUUCACACCAACAGACAGCACAGAGCAGUAAUGUGACAGACAGCUGUGUAGUACAAACUAAUAAUGACACACAGUGCUUAAAUAAGACUGACAAAAUAGAUGGAAAGACAUCUCUUCAGAUUGGUGAAAAAACGCCAGUCACAGCCAGUGUAUUGUCUGAGGAGGAACCAACUCAUUGCUUGCAGAUAGGAAGCAGUUCACGUCAUAGCAAGAAUAAUUUAUCUGAAGGCAAAAAGUCCGCCGAACUCCAUUCCUCAUUACAGGAAAGAUUAAGUCCAGAGAACAGAACCACUGAUUUAAAGUGUGACAGUUCCAGCAGAUCAGAAGGAUCAGAGGGAGAAAUACUGACACGAAAACAUAUUGAAGUUAAGGAAGAAAGAGCCAGCCCGCCAGUCUCUGCAAUAUCAGUUUCAGAACACUGUGCAUCUGAAAAUAAGUGGUCUCAAGAGAAGCAUUCUGCCUGUGAAGGUUUCUCAGAUCAUCUUGCCCAUGGGUCCCCAGAGGCACAAAGGCCUUUCAUAAAAAUGCUGGAAGAACAGGAGGAAGAAAGUUCAUGUAGUAGCAAUGACCUUACCAUCUCUCUAACUGAAAAAGACUCAUUUUUGGAGAAUCUAGAACCACAGCCAUAUCCAGGUGACAAAAAGAAGGGAGAAGAUUUCAAUCAAGAAAAUAAUGUCCUAUCCACUGAAAACAAGAAUUGUGAUCCAGAAAAGGAAUCCUCUACUAACUCACCAACAAGACAAUUUGACCAAACACCAGACUGGGGCUUAUUGAAGACACAGUUGGGUCAGCAUAUUGCCACUUUGAAAGAAUGUGACAAUUCUCUUGAAGAAGAGGCAACAGCAUUAUUGAAAAAGCCUCCUACAGAAGAGAGUGACCAUAGGUCAGCUAUUCACAGUAAUGAAUCAUCCUGCAGCUUGCCAUCUAUUCUGAAUGACAAUAGUGCAAUAAAGGAAGCAAAACCCCCUCUGAGGCUCAACAGUGUUCUUACAAGGGAACAAGAUGUUUCAAGUGACUGUGGAGAUGAGAGCAAGGAAGAAAGCAUCUCUGCAAAAGUUCCAAUGACAGAAACAAAGACCUACCAGUCGCUGAAGAAAUCUACCCUCCUGGAUAAUACAAAUCAAAUUGAAGAGAAAUUUCAAAAGGACUAUGCUUCAGCACCACAAUUUUCAAGUUUGAACAUUGGCAGCAGCACAUUCAAGACAAAGACAACUCACAACAUUGCUUCAGAAGCUAGUUUUUCAUCUAGUGAAGGAAGUCCUUUGUCAAGGCAUGAAAAUGAAAAGAAGCUAAUGACCAAUUUAAAGUCAAAUGCCUUCUGGGGGGAAUCUGAUGACAGCAACUCAGAAAUUGAAGCUGCAUUACGUCCUAAAAACCACAAUACAUCCAUCGAUGACUUUGAUGACUUUUAUGACACAUGAGCUAUAACAUCUGCUGAAAAUAAAGUCUUCAAACAAACCAAAA